AUGCCUCCCAAGGGAAAGACCGUGCGCCCUGCGCAGGAGAACAUCUCUCUCGGACCUCAGGUCCGUGAGGGUGAGCUCGUCUUCGGCGUUGCCCGUAUCUUCGCCUCCUUCAACGACACCUUCGUCCACGUCACCGAUCUCAGUGGCCGCGAGACUAUCUGCCGUGUCACCGGUGGUAUGAAGGUCAAGGCCGACCGUGACGAGUCCUCCCCCUACGCCGCCAUGUUGGCUGCUCAGGACGUCGCCACCCGCUGCAAGGAGCUCGGCAUCACCGCCCUGCACAUCAAGAUCCGUGCUACCGGAGGUAACGCCACCAAGACCCCCGGCCCCGGUGCCCAGUCUGCCCUCCGCGCCCUGGCCCGUUCCGGCAUGAAGAUCGGCCGUAUCGAGGACGUCACCCCCACUCCCUCCGACUCUACCCGCAGAAAGGGUGGUCGCCGUGGUCGUCGUCUCUGA